AUGGAGGAAGAAAUCCAGAUUCUGGCAACUCAAAAGCUCCGAGAACUUCUUACACUCUGUGGCAUCCGUCAGAGUAGUGAGGAGCUGCUACAAUCCCUUGUUACACAGAUUUCCGGUAAGUAUACGAGCUUAGGCUACCUACAUCGCUAUAAGCUGACACCUACCCUGGUCCAUAAAACUCGACUUGAGACUGGUUCUGAGGAAACGUCGCCUCUGCCGCUGGAAAAUGUCUCUGCUCCUCAAACUCCCCUCACCCCGCCGCGCGAAAUUCGUGGAUCGUAUCGGCUCCUCUCGCACGCCGACCGGAAUGAUUUUAAGGGGUUGACCCGUCCUGCCAGGAAGAAAAGGAAAAGGAGACAAAAGUGCUCGACUAUUAUUAACAAGCUUAGCGAGACACCCGACUCCGGGAAAAAUGAGGGAGCUGCGACAACCAGUAUGGUGUUUAACCUAGGCGAGCAGAGGGUUGCUGAAACAUCAGCAGCCACCACGAAUGGGACAGCUCAUCAGGAUGUUGCAAGCUCGGCAUCAUCUCGAGUUGAUGCGGAGAAGCCCCCCCGGUCAGAACAAUGUACCCAAUCUGUAUCCAGCCCCGGUGGUGCCGACCCUUCAUCGACGCCAAACUCGAAAGCGCUACCUUCUUUACCGUCCUGGCUAGAUUCUGCCUACGCGAUGAAAACCAUGACAACUAUAUUGAUGGAAUGCGUCAGAGUCAACUGGACCAUAGGGAAGUGCGGUCAUCAGACAAAGACAGUCAAUGCUACAUCAGAGCCUCACAAGAUUCGACAAUAUGUUGAUGAGAUUUCUGGGUAUGACUAUAAUAGGGCCGUCCGGGUAGUAAAGAGGGACAUCGCUCUGUUUGCAGGUAAGGAGAUGCAAGCUCGGUAUAAUGAAUCUAUAUACUGGGAAAUCAUUUUGAAAGGAGCAAAACUCCUUGAUUCUGCGACAUUACCGACAGCCAAAGGACCUGCAGAUGGAUUUACUGUGGCGGAGAAGGUCGCAACCAAGAAAUUCAUGGAGGAAACUGGAUAUAGACUGGGUACAGAAAAUCAGCGGCAGUGUCGCAAUUUUUGGAAGAGCCUGUUUGAAAUGCGGAAAGCCGGUGUUGAUAAAAUCCUUCUUUAUCGAACAAAAGACUUCGACAGCUACUGCAAGGGAUACCCUAAGAACUCAGAGGUCUCCCUGGUAGAUACAGUUGUGAAGUGGGAAAAGGUUUACGCAACUCAAAUCGAACAGCUUGAGAACCGAAUUCUUAAGCUAAGUGAUGGAGACGUCACACGGAGAUCAUAUUUGGAUCUUCCAGACGUGGCGCAGAGGUUGCAGGUCGAAGGGUCUUCAUGGAACAGUAUCACCAAUAAGUGGCUCUCCAAUGAUGAAGAAGCUAAAUUCAAGCUGACAGCACAGCCAACGUUGGUUUUAGCUGACUACCUGGGUGUUACAUUCGAUAGUGGAUCGAUAUCGGAAGGUGGACGGGACAAGUCUGACUUCAUAACCCUUCAGCCCAAGGAUGAGAGCUUCCUUUCUGUUUGUCCCAUAAUUCCACUAUACAAAGGUGACUUUUUGGGUGUAUUUGCCGGGACAAUCCGGUUCUCGGAAAAUUUCAACAGAGUGCACGGUCUCCGCGGGCCUGUGGAGAACCUUUGGCUAGACUACUCUCAGGUUACUGGAACACUGAAUUUGAUGCAGGUGUCACAACCUGGUGGUGACGCAAAUGUGCGUCUUCACUGGGAACUUGUCGAUGAGCAGUAUGACAGCGACUCAAGCAUGUCGUGGAGAGUCUCAGUUAGGGCGACCAGGACAGUUAUGCCUUUCGAGGAGAUCAUCCGAGAGGCUUCUCAGAAGGAACAGUUGCUUCUGCACCGAUCACCAGUCUAUGCAAGGAGAGGCUUCCUGAAAUCGUAA